AUGGCAGCGAAUAGGAACUUGAAGCAAGUGCGGAUCGAGAAUAGCUCCCCAGCGGCGCCGCUGGGCAUGGUGGGGGGCGGCGGCGGCAACCUGAAGGGAUUGCGGGGCCUAGAAACGGAGAGUGAGGCAGCGGCGGCCAUGGCGCUAGUGCCGAGCAAAGAAGGUGGAGAUGAAGAGCAGGAGGUUGGCUUCACCAUCGAUAUCAAAAGCUUUCUCAAACCUGGCGAGAAGAGCUACACGCAGCGCUGCCGGCUGUUCGUGGGGAAUCUGCCAACUGAUAUCACCGAGGAAGAUUUCAAGCGCCUCUUCGAGCGCUAUGGGGAGCCUAGCGAGGUCUUCAUAAAUCGGGACCGUGGCUUCGGCUUCAUUCGCCUGGAAUCUAGGACACUGGCUGAAAUAGCAAAGGCAGAGCUUGAUGGUACUAUUUUGAAGAGCAGACCACUUCGAAUUCGAUUUGCUACACAUGGAGCUGCCCUAACGGUCAAGAAUCUUUCACCUGUGGUUUCUAAUGAGCUGCUGGAACAAGCGUUCUCUCAAUUUGGGCCAGUGGAAAGAGCUGUUGUUGUAGUAGAUGAUCGUGGCAGAGCUACAGGAAAAGGUUUCGUAGAGUUUGCAGCAAAACCUCCAGCACGGAAAGCUCUAGAAAGAUGCAGUGAUGGGGCAUUCUUGCUAACAACAACACCUCGACCUGUUGUUGUAGAACCUAUGGAGCAAUUUGAUGAUGAAGAUGGGCUCCCAGAGAAGUUAAUGCAAAAAACACAACAGUAUCACAAGUAAGUUGUAUUCAGGAUUGCUCAGCCUGGAACAUUUGAGUUUGAGUAUGCUUCACGGUGGAAGGCUCUUGAUGAGAUGGAAAAGCAACAGCGUGAACAGGUUGACAGGAACAUUAGAGAAGCCAAAGAAAAACUAGAGGCAGAAAUGGAAGCAGCUAGACAUGAGCAUCAGCUAAUGCUGAUGAGGCAAGAUCUCAUGCGACGUCAAGAAGAAUUGAGACGUUUGGAAGAACUUCGCAAUCAAGAACUUCAGAAGCGCAAGCAGAUACAAUUGAGACAUGAAGAAGAACAUCGACGUCGUGAAGAAGAGAUGCUACGUCAGAGGGAACAGGAGGAAUUACGACGACAGCAGGAGGGAGGAUUUAAGCCAAAUUUCAUGGACAAUAGAGAACAGGAAAUGAGAAUGGGUGAUAUGGGUCCUCGUGGAGCAAUAAACAUGGGAGAUGCGUUUAGCCCAGCACCUGCUGGUAACCAAGGCCCUCCUCCAAUGAUGGGUAUGAAUAUGAACAACAGAGGAACUUUACCUGGCCCUGCAAUGGGUCCUGGUCCUUCCAUGGGACCAGAAGGAGCUGCAAAUAUGGGAACACCAAUGAUGCCAGAUAAUGGAACAGUGCAUAAUGAGAGAUUCCCUCAAGGAGGUCCAUCACAGAUGGGUUCACCUCUGGUUAGUAGAACGGGCUCUGAAACUCCUCAGCCGCCAAUGAGUGGUGUAGGUGCCGUGAGUGGUGGACCUGGUGGCUUUGGUAGAGGAAAUCCAGGGGGCAACUUUGAAGGACCUAACAAGCGUCGCAGAUACUAAAACUUAAUUCAUUCCUUAUUGUUUAGAAAUUCAGUAAAACUAUACGGUGAUAUGCCUUUAUAAUUUUAGCUGUUAUCUGGAAACGGUUUUAUUGUUAUUGUAGUCUUUAAAACAGUUUCUUUUGUAAAACUUCUUUUGUAUUCAGUCAUAGGCUUUGUAGUAUAGAGCAGAAAUGAUGCGAAUCAUUAUGUAAGGCAAUGUUUUUGUGACUCUAGCAAAAUACAAUGUGUGACUAUGCUGUAAAACGUGCAGUUAUCUGAUUACAAUAAAAUAUAAAAAUCACUUGAAAGGA